AUGAAAUUAGCUACGUCCGCACAAGAGGAUAAAGGAUCAGAGACGGUCCCGGUGAAGAUGAGGAUGGAAAUCAAGAUACCGGGUUCUCACUCAGUCAGUCCCGAGAGUAUCCAGGGCACAGAAUUUCCGGAUACUGUCAAGCCAUCUGAAACCCUGGCUGAAGAGCAUAGAGAGCUACUGACUUGUCGGAAAUUGGAGAGGAAGUCAGAGAGCGGAUCGACUUCAGAACAUGCCUCGUUACGCACAUUCUAUCAACUUGGCAAUCACGAGUUCGACUCCGAUCCCAACAUCUCUCCAAUCUCGGAUGGUCGACCCCCUGCUCGCUCUACCUCUGUACUGGCCCGUUUCUUCCCCGAGCUAUCAUCUAACUUGCAUAUCGUGUCCCCGACAACCCCUGAUCUGGUGGAUCAAAACAUGAGAUCGCUGGACUAUGCCUCAAUCUUCGAGAAUGAACGUGAAGACCGACUCGAAACUCUCUAUAAAGGCCCACAGAAGAGUAAAGACGGCCAAGAGGCAGAAAUUGUUGAUCGAAGUAGUCCGGAAAGCGGCAAGAGCCUUUAUUCUGGACAAGACAACCUUUUUGACUGUGCUUCCUCUAGCUACAGUCACCGCACAUCCCUCACCAGUAUCAACACUGACUGUCUCGGCGAGAGAAUCGCGUAUAAGUCAGCAGAUGCAUAUUCCAUGUGCAACCCUGUUUCAGCAGGUGUCUUUGACGAUACAUCAUCAAUAUACUCGCAAGCCCUAUCCAUUGCGUUACCUGUCGCCCGAUUGGAGGCAAGAAGCGCAAACAAUAUCCAUCCCCCGCGAAUGGGUCGCCUGGCUCCGGAAAUUUCGAUGGAAGAACUGAAGAAUAAACCUUUGCCGCUGGAGCCGAUUCAAGAGCCCAGUCCACUAGCGAUCCGCCGCCCCAGUCCGUCGUGGAAUAUCUCGCCGCAAUCGUGUUCGCAGUCUUCAACCACACACCAAUCGAGCCGAAAUCAUUUGGUCACGAUACGGCGGCAGCGAUAUAAAGAAUUCUGUCAUGAGUGUGGAAGCCACCGCGAGCACCGGUCGCGCCUUGGAGCCGGUCAAGAAUGGCACGGGCAAUCGCAGAAUCAACAAAUGCGUCGCGGACCGACGAUGUCGCAAGCUACAAAGGAGCUGGAAUGUGCCCUGGCCGAUUUGACCGAGGGGUCAGCGAGUCAGCAACGAACCUUACUCAUUCUGGAUGGACCCCUCCAAGUUAGCCGACACAAUGGUGACCUGGUAGCCACACGCCCAGCUCCUCGGCCCCCACCUAUAGCGCCUCAUUCACAGUCGCAUCCAGAUGGACCACUGGAGGUUCUGCGGCCAGCCAAGGGUAAGAACAGCUGGUCUAACAAAUCGCCUAAAAGUGAAAGCACAAGAAAAGAGCAGCGGCCGAGCAAUUUGCAGUCCAUUAUUGAGACUACGCCCAAAGAAAAGAUUUCCAAGGCGACGAAAUCGAAAGAUUCUUCAACAAAGAAGAGCAUAAAGGUCCCCAAAGCGAGCGAAGAGCUCAAAGGACGGCGCCAACCCACGUCGCAACCCAGCGUCGAGAAAAUCGGAAAACCAAAGCUCAAAAAAUCCUUCACAUUGUCGAUACCGUCGUUCAGUCGCAAAACUUCCAACACCCACCUGCAGAACCCGGAAGAAGAUUAUCGCCUCGGGGCUUACAGCUCGAGGUCGGAAAACUCGUCGAACGUAGCUUACAAUCGUGAGUGCCAUUCGCCUCACCGAGCCUCCAGCACAAGCUUGGCUGAACGCAAGCGAGGUGAACUCCUCUUACAGCUUCCGCGCCUUCAGACCCAGGACUUGGAGACAAGUAGCGUUAUCGACAGCCAGACUCGCGAUCAGGAACAGGGCCCCACCCGCCCCGCAGGCUUAGGCUUGGCUAACACAGCAGGUGAUGCUGCACUGCACCCUCUGCUACGUGCGUCGCCCCCCGACGAGGAGAAAAUUCUCAUCGGCAGCAGGAUGUGGAACCCUCGAGCCUUUGUCUCGACAGCCCAAGCCAGCAGCGUACAUAUUACGCCCGAACAAAUCUACGAACUUGACGCAACUCCGCCCUCCCCGUCAGCGCGGCCCAAGCCCGCAAGGGAAAAUAAGCAUGUGCCGAUCAACGUUGACUUUCCGGUGGACAUGCCGAAAAGUCUCAUCUUAGCAAUAAUGGAAAGAAUUGAGUCUCUCGACGACCUUUUCAACUUCGUGCUUGUCAACCGGCGUUUCUAUUCUAUUUUCAAGGACCGCGAGCUGUAUAUGAUCAAAAGCGCUCUAUUCAAAAUGUCGCCGCCGGCAUGGGAACUGCGUGAGAUGAGUCCGCCAUGGGAAAAUGAGUGGGCACCUCUUCGGCAUUCUGAUUCGCGCGCUCCGGAAUACACACCUACUACAUACUUGGAUCGUUAUGCGUCCGACAUUUAUACUCUGGCCCGACUGAAGUCUAUGAUUCUCGUUCGAUGUUCUUCAUUUCUCCGCCGCGACACAAUACACGGCCUGUCCGGCGCCGACCCAAUUCGCCUUGAAGAAGUUGACGACGCAUUUUGGCGUAUCUGGACCUUCUGUCGUAUCUUUGGUAGCGGAAAGGAUCGUGAAAAUGACCUGGAGGGCCAAGUGGAUUGGUUGAAGGGUGGUGCAAAGGCCAGAAAUUAUACGGGCGCGAUUUCAUCUAUGACAGAGCCUUUCGAGAUGAACAACCUUCUGUUUGAACCACCCGAGGGCUUUGCUCGUGGAAAUUGCGGUGGCUUAUCGCAAAAACAGAUGUAUUAUAUGACCGAAAUCUGGACUUGUUUGGGCGUGUUGUUGCAGGAUAUGCACGGAAAGGUCACCGAUGCGAGAGCUGUCGGCAUUUUGGAUGUUAUUUAUCCUACAGAAGAUGAUACUGUACAAGAAGACAGUACAAUCGAGGAAUGGACAUCCUACAUCCUUACAUUGGGUCUCUCGGCUGUCUUGACUCUCAGCUCACAAUGUCCUGCCAAAGCUACAGCCGAGACUUAUGAACUAGCCAAGUCGCUCGGCCUCACCAAAUGGGAAUUGACCGAAACCAAAGUUAGUCGAUCAUCAUUCCUCAAAGAGGCAAUCUCGCGCGCCUACGAAGAACAGGAGCGAGCUCUCAGCACACAACCUGACAGCCCCCGGGGCCUCAACUCUCGCGAGCUAGACUUGGCAAAUGCUGAGGCAGAACGCGCGCGAGAGCAGCGAAAUCACACAUUCAAAAACGAGCUCCGCGCCCUUCGUCUAAUAAACGUUCAGUCGAACAACGAGCUGGCCUCUUCGUUCUCCAACGAACGUCCCAUGUCCGAAUACAGCAUCAGUGUCCGCGACCUUGAUGGAAGUAUAAGCCGCCCAUCAGUGCCAGCACAGGAAGAUGUACCCCCAGUCCCUCCCGUCCCUCCUCUUUUCCGCGAUGGCUCGUCUACAUCAACAUCAAGCACCACCCCUACCACUCCGAGCUACAUCCACCCACCGGAGAAUACGUCUAACCCAUACUUUUCUCUAUUCCCACGCGCCUCUUCUAAUCACCCUCCCUUGACUCCAACUCCACUCAGACCCCAAGUCCAAGACCCUGUCGACCGUGCCAUGAGCCGAAUGGUACACGAACUAGGCUUCAACGAAGAUGACGUCAAAUGGGCUCUCAAGAUCACAGACAGGGGUGAAGGCAUCGAUGGUCUCGCCGCCGAGCACCUCCUCCAGAAAGAAAGGAGGAAGCAGCAAAAUAACCCUUUUGCGCCUCGCAGCAAAAACAGUCUCCUUCAUUCUGUGCUGGGGCGACAAGAAUCCCAGGAUUCGGGCUGGCGAUGGGCAUAA